AUGGGAGCACCGAUCCCAUCUCACUUGCCACAUGGAAUUUCAGUAUCGUUGCCAACUUGGAAAGACAAUAUAGGGUACGAGGAGAGCGAUCCUCGAGUUGUCAACCAAAUGCAAUCCGGCUAUCCAAGAUUUUUUAUCAAUCUUCACAUUCGGCGUCUAGAAAGACUUUGCGAGAAAAAGUUUGGCCUUCCGGGAGAGCGCUGCCAUCUCUUCCCCAGCUCGAGAAUCGCCCAAUCAUGCAGGGCAUUUAUGCAUGCCCAUUCCCCUGGCCCAACCGCACCAAUUCCUGUCAGAAUUGCACAAUUUAUGUUACAACCGCCCCCCACUGCCCGGACCGCCCGAACUACUUCGUCUAAUCAACCCUCCGUUGAGCUCCACAUCGUUCUUUUUCCGCUUGAGCAUGCUGCCCUGGCAAAGUCAUACUGGCAGCAUACAGGAAAUGGUAUCUCCAGCCGCCUUGCCGAAUACUGUCUCUCUCUCCUUCCGGUCCCAGAUUUGAUCGACCAGUGUGAGGCUUUAUCAGGAAUACCGAUUUCCCCCACUCCGCCAACUAGAAACAGGUUCGGAAAGCAUUAUGGGAAUAAACGAGAUUCGCUGCGAGGAUCUGGAGCCAGCACUCCCGUCGGAUCCGGCACGGUGACACCGAAAACGAUAGACGAUGGAUUAACACCCGAAUUCAACACGUACCUCGAAGAGAGAUAUGGGCGAAAUUUAGCACUUUCAAAUGCCGACUUGGCCAAGCGGGCUCUCAGGCGGCGAAUUGCUGGCAUCAUUGCCCCCGAUGAAAAGACCAUGCUUCUGGCACCCGCGGAGGACUUACAUGGUCCUCAGAGAAGCGUUAAAGUGACCGAACAUGAUGUCUUCCUCUUCCCCGCUGGAAUGAGUGCAAUAUGGCAUGCCCAUCAACUUGCUCUUGCAGCACUUCCUCCUGCCAAAAGUGUCUGUUUCGGGUUCCCUUACACAGACACCUACAAGAUUCUCCAAAAGUGGGGACGUGGGUGCCACUUUUUUGGACAUGGAUUGGAUUCGGACAUCGAUAGCUUAGCCGAGCUCCUCAAAACGGAGAGAGGCAAUGGGAAGGAACCUCCUGUUUUGGCGUUGUUUUGCGAGUUCCCAUCGAACCCUCUCCUCAGGUCACCAAACCUGCUGAGACUGCGAGAGCUUGCGGACGAAUAUGGCUUCCUCAUUGUUGUCGACGAAACUCUUGGAAACUUUGCAAACGUCGAGGUCCUGCCAUUGGCUGACAUAGUCGUGAGCAGUUUGUCCAAAAUUUUUUCAGGCGAGGUCAACGUGAUGGGUGGAAGUCUCGUUCUAAACCCUUCUGGGAAUCACUACCCAACUUUGAAAGAGACCCUUGCGUCUACGUACGAGGACAAUUACUGGAUCGAAGACGCCAUAUAUAUGGAACGCAACUCUCGCGACUUGCAGCCAAGAGUGGAUAAGAUUAAUCUUAACACUGAGUAUGUAUGUGAACUGUUACGAUCUAGGUCUCAGAAAGAAGCCGGUGAAGUGACCACGGGAAUCAAUGGGCAACCGAUUGCGCCGGUCAUAAAAGAAGUGUUUUAUCCCAAGUGGGUGACACCGGAGAAUUUCGAGGCAUGUCGAAUCGGCUCCAAGAUGCAGGUGAAGAGGGCGGAGAAGCUUUGUUCAGGGCAGUUGCAGAAGGGCGGAUGGGGUGGUCUGUUCUCGGUAACGUUUACAUCAGAUACAGCAUCCGAAGCGUUUUUCGACGCUCUUUCGUGCGACAAAGGGCCGAGUCUCGGCACGAACUUCACACUGGCUUGCCCGUACACGAUACUCGCUCACUACAAUGAGUUGGAUUGGGCUGCAGAAUAUGGGGUUGAAAGGGGCUUAGUCAGGGUCAGUAUUGGAUUGGAAGAUGAGGAAGAGCUCGAAUCCAUGUUUAUGGGGGCAUUGGGAGCCGCAGAGAGGGCUGUUCGCGUUUUGGCGUAG